CUUGACUUUCGACCGGUCGCCAUUCGUGCGCUCACGAUCAGAUCAACACACAUCGACACGACGCACCUGUUUUGACCUCGCUUCACAAUGCCAUCAAAGAUUCAGACCUACCCAAUGGUGGUCUUGAGAGACCCGACUUCUGCAGAGAUCGCGUACUUCCUCUCCACUCGCAGUGGCGACCAGAUGGUGCAGCUGGUGCAGUCUAUCAGAGAGCCUGCCGCUCAGGCCACACUUACAGCCUCACUUCUUGCUAUACCGCCUGCAGUUAUCACGAAGAGUGCACUCCCAGAGAAGACCAGAAAAGCUCUGAAUGCUUUCGUUGGAUUUCGAUGCUACUACAUCCUCAUCCCUAUUUUCAAGCCAUGGCCCAUGAAGAAGCUGUCCAACCCCAUGGGAAUCAUGUGGGAGGCAGACCCCAACAAGCCUUUGUGGUCCUUGACUACGAAAGCUUGGUCUGUCAUCCGUGACCAGAUUGGUAAAGACAAGGCUCCACUCGACCAAUUCUUCCGCAUCAUAUGUCCUUACCUCAACAUCCCUUCACCAGAGACUUAUCUUGACUGUUGCGGUUGGAAAUUCAACACUGACGAUGAGGGCAGUCCAACUCUCUCAAGGGAGUUCAUCCCAUCACCAGGUGCUAUGAGUGCUGGAAUAGCAGACACGGCACUGUCAGUGGAAGACAUCAUCAACUACUGCCAGAGCAUGGGAUAUGCCCAAGAGUAUGUAUCAGACACUGAAUCUAACUCCCCAACAUACCUCAGUCAGUCACGCAACCAACUUGCUGGCAAGAGUACUUCUUCCACCCACGAGAGCCGUCUAGUAGCACGCAACAAGCGACGUGCAAAGCGACAGACCGCCAGGGAUGUUAGCAUUGCUCCAGUACUACAGCAGCAGAUUGUUGAGGCACACAUGGCUGAUAACCUGAAUGCCACUUACGAGGGCGACUCACUCUUCGGUCACAGCGAGCCGGUGCAGUUCUACGGUGAUCUUGCAGAUCUGUUGACCAAUCACUUGGGACAGGAUCAACAGGCCAUUUCUGGCGACUGUACUAGCUCCCUCACCACCACUAUAGAUCCCAUCAUGGCAGGUUGGACAGAUUGGGGUGCGUUUCGGCUCGGCGCAGACGAAAAUGCAACGCUCCCCAGCCUCGACUCUGUCCCGAUUUGAUCGUGUCCUACAAUGUCCUACCAACAACUGGCAGACAUUGACUCGCCGUGCCAUCGUUUAUCUCUUCAUGACGCACUCUUCCAUAAUUCGUCUACGAACCUCUGGCGCCUGCUGGUCUCUAUCUCGAAGAUUCUACAUCCUCUAUUCUCUGCAAUUGAUACCCCUGGCUGGUAUACUCGCUCAGUAUGCCCAUCAACACUUAUUGUACCCUUAGCUACAUCGUAGCCUUCACGACUAUAUAGUAACGCCAUAACGACCACGCCACGAUCACACCACCAAACCGCCCUGCUCUCUCUCGUUCGCCCACCAAAUGACAUCCCAGGAGCGCUCUCUUCCACGGCGCAGACUUAGCCAGAUCCACCAGAGCCUAGAGCUCCCCUUCACGAUCCGCACACCGAAGUGCGGAAUGCAGAACCUCACUUCGACACACUGAAGUUUGGUCACGGUGGCACAUUGGCAUUGCAUACUUGUACUUAG